AUGAGUUUGGACAAAUACACAACAAAAAAUGAUGGGGUUAUAAAUAGGGAAAUUAGUACAGAUGAUUUGUCAGAUCAAGAUGACGUCAAAACGGAAUCAAAAUGGCAAAGAUUUAUUAAAUUUAUUGAAGUUCAACCAAUGGGAGAUUUAAGUGCUUCACAAAUGUUUUUGUACAAUUAUGAUUUAAAACCUGUUGAAGAGGCAAGAAGAACUUGGAGAUGGUAUAACUAUGCUACGUUUUGGAUAGCAGACUCAUUCAAUAUAAAUACUUGGCAAAUUGCUUCUAGUUUGAUGCAAACACCAACGAGCCUCAAUUGGUAUACUACAUGGUUAAGUGUGUGGGUUGGAUAUUUACUAGCAGGUAUUUUUUUAUCUAUAAUAAGUAGAAUUGGUUUAAAUGGGAUUAGUUUCCCAAUUGCCUCAAGAUUAAGUUUUGGAUUAUUUGGACUGGCUUGGCCGAUAAUUAAUAGAGUUGUUUGUUCCGCUGUCUGGUUUUCGGUUCAAAGUGCUGUCGCGGGACCUACAGUGACAUUGAUGUUGCACUCUAUUUUUGGUAAGAAUUUGCCUCAAAGAAUGUCAAAAGAAUUAGAUGGUGGUGAUUUAACUGUUUAUCAAUUUUUAGGAAUAUUUUUGUUUUUCGUGUUUCAAGCUUUCUUUCUUUGGAUACCGCCACAUAAAUUAAAAUACUUAUUUACUGUCAAAGCUUAUUUUUCAAUUUUUGGUGGUUUUGGACUUUUGAUUUGGGCUUUGGUAAAAGCAGACGGAUUAGGAAGCGUUUUAAGCAGACCUAAUGGAGUUCAAGGUUCUGCACUUGCUUGGGCUUUUGUUGAAUCAACUUUAAAUGCUUUAUCUAAUUUUGCAACACUUAUUACAAACUCCCCAGACUUCCUGCGUUUUGCUUAUAGUCAAAAAUCAUUUGCUAUGAAGUAUCUUGUUCACACAAUAUCUAUACCAGUUUGUUUUAGUAUUACUUCAUUAAUUGGUAUAUUAGUAACUGCUUCUGCAGAAAAUUUAUAUGGGGAAACUUAUUGGUCACCAUUAGAAGUAAUGGAAAAAUAUUUAGAACAUUAUACUCCAGGUAUUAGAGCUGGUGUAUUCUUUAUUGCCCUUGCUUUUGCUGUUGCACAGUUGGGGACAAAUAUAUCAGCUAACUCAUUAAGCUUUGGUACAGACUUGACGGCACUUUGUCCACGACUUUUAAACAUUAGAAGAGGUAGUUACCUUUGUUUAUUAAUUGGUCUUGCUAUGUGUCCAUGGAAAUUAAUCUCAUCUUCAUCAACUUUCACAACAUAUUUAUCUGCUUAUUCCGUAUUUUUAUCAUCAAUUGCAGGUGUAAUGGCUAGUGAUUAUUAUUAUGUAAGAAGAGGACAUAUCAAUUUGCCAGAUUUGUAUUCACUCAGAUCUCCAUCCGAUAAAUCAAAAUUGUCAAUGUAUGCUUACAAUAAAAUUGGAGUCAAUUGGAGAGCUUUUGUUGCUUAUAUUUGUGGUAUUUUACCAAAUAUAGUUGGGUUUGUUGGAGCAACUGGUCGUAAAGUCCCAAUUGGAGCUGUAUAUGUUUACAGAAUUAAUUUCUUUGCAGGUUUUUUCUCAGCUUUCAUCAUAUAUGCUAUUUUAUGUUAUGUUUUCCCAAUUGAAACUGGUAUUCCUAAAUUAAAACCAUUUGAAAAAGGUUGGUUCGAAGAGACUCAUGAUGUUGAACAUUUUGAAGAGGAUUUAUUUGGUCAUGAAAUUCAUCACGGUGUCGAAAGAUAUGAAAAUGAAGAUGAUAUGAGUUUACUUCAAAGAAAAGAAAAGGUUUAA